AUGUGGAAUCUCCUCACAAAACGAGUGCCGAUAAUUAGGCCUGCAACAUCUUCGAGACUAUCUCUCUUACCCAACUAUUCAAAAAGCAUGUCCUCUGCUCUUCCUCAAGUGGCUGGAAGUGCCCCCAAAGCCGAUCGCUCUUUUCGGUCCUUAUCAUUGCCUGUGCACGAAGAUAAUCCAGACGUUCGCCAGAAGUAUAGGCCUUUCAUUCUGAAUGAUGGUGAAACUCAAGACUGGAUAAACGAGUUAGAAUUGGCCACUGCACUCGACAUGGCCGAGCAAAAUCUGCAAGAUACAAACGAGAGGCUGAAAGUUCUAGUCCUCUAUGGCAGUCUUCGAAAAAGAUCAUAUUCGCGGCUAGUGGCAAUGGAAGCUUCUCGUAUUCUGUUCCGACUGGGCUGCGAUGUACGCGUCUUUGAUCCUCAGGGCCUUCCGGUCAAAAACGACGUCGAUACGGAUCAUCCCAAGGUACAGGAGCUUCGAAAGCUCAGUCAAUGGAGUGAUGGGCAUCUCUGGGUUUCACCUGAACAACACGGCAAUUUGACCGCCGUAUUUAAGAAUCAAAUCGAUUGGAUCCCUUUGAGCACAGGAAGCGUCCGACCGACUCAAGGCCGAACACUGGCCAUUGCUCAAGUGUGUGGUGGAUCUCAAUCAUUCAACGCUGUCAACUCACUGCGUAUCCUUGGUCGGUGGAUGCGCAUGUUCACUAUUCCGAAUCAAUCUUCAAUCCCGAGAGCAUAUACACAGUUUCCAGAUGAAGGUCACCCCGACGACCAAAGACUCAUGCCGAGUAGCAACCGAGACCGUCUGGCGGAUUGCAUGGAAGAAUUUGUCAAAUACACGAUUGUGAUGCGUCCUCACAUCGCCCUCUUUGGUGAUCGUUAUAGCGAACGGGAAGAGAAAAGAGUGAAAGAAGCGAAGAUGAAUCCUUCUUCAUAA